GCAGAUUGCCCUUUUUCCUCCUCUUUAGUGCAGCCACUAAGUUUCUUUCCGCCCCCUCCCCUCCACAUUCCUGACCCCUCCCUCCCCCUUCCCUCUUUCUUUCCUUCCUUCCUCUUCUUCCAAGUUCUGGGAUUUUUUUUUUCUGUCUUGGCAUUGGCCAAAGGCACAAAAAGGCGUUUUCGGAAGCGACUCGGCCGCGCACAAGGGUCAUUUGUUUGUUUUGGGACUUGGGACAGGAAAUCUCGUUCGGCCUGAGUCACGGCGGCUCCUUCAAGGAAACGCCAGUGCUCGCCGCGCUGCCGGGUCGCCCACCACGCGCCCAGACGCUGGGGCCAUGGGGGAUUUGCAGCGCGCCCUGGCCCGGACCCGCCUCCAGUCGCUGCUGCGGCCUCGCCACAAAAAAAGGGCCGAGGCGCAGAAAAGGAGCGAGUCGUUCCUGCUGAGCGGACUGGCUUUCAUGAAACAGAGGAGGAUGGGUCUCAACGACUUUAUUCAGAAGAUUGCCAACAAUUCCUAUGCAUGCAAACACCCUGAAGUCCAGUCUAUUCUGAAAAUCUCCCAGCCUCAAGAACCUGAGCUCAUGAAUGACAAUCCUUCUCCUCCGCCAAGUCCUUCUCAGCAAAUUAACCUUGGCCCAUCAUCUAAUCCACAUGCGAAGCCAUCUGACUUUCACUUCUUGAAAGUAAUUGGGAAAGGCAGUUUUGGAAAGGUUCUUCUCGCAAGACACAAGGCAGAAGAAGCAUUCUAUGCAGUGAAGGUUUUGCAGAAGAAAGCAAUUCUAAAGAAGAAGGAGGAGAAACAUAUUAUGUCAGAGCGGAAUGUUCUCCUGAAGAAUGUGAAGCAUCCUUUCCUGGUGGGCCUUCACUUCUCAUUCCAGACCGCUGACAAAUUGUACUUCGUCCUGGAUUACAUUAACGGUGGAGAGUUAUUCUACCAUCUCCAGAGGGAGCGCUGCUUCCUGGAACCACGGGCUCGCUUCUAUGCUGCUGAAAUAGCCAGUGCCUUGGGUUACCUGCACUCUCUGAACAUCGUGUACAGAGAUUUAAAACCAGAGAAUAUUCUGCUAGAUUCUCAAGGUCACAUCGUCCUGACUGACUUUGGCCUCUGCAAGGAGAACAUAGAACACAAUGGCACCACAUCUACAUUCUGUGGCACACCUGAGUAUCUGGCACCAGAAGUACUUCAUAAGCAGCCUUACGACAGGACAGUGGACUGGUGGUGCCUGGGAGCCGUGCUGUAUGAGAUGCUGUAUGGCCUGCCUCCUUUUUACAGUCGGAACACUGCUGAGAUGUACGACAACAUUCUGAACAAACCCCUCCAGCUGAAGCCAAAUAUUACGAAUUCUGCAAGACACCUCCUGGAGGGCCUUCUGCAGAAGGACAGGACAAAGAGGCUUGGCGCCAAGGACGACUUUAUGGAGAUUAAGAAUCAUGUCUUCUUCUCCCUAAUUAACUGGGAUGAUCUCAUUAAUAAGAAGAUUACUCCUCCUUUUAACCCAAAUGUGAGUGGGCCCAGCGACCUGCGGCAUUUUGACCCUGAAUUUACUGAAGAGCCAGUCCCCAACUCCAUCGGCAGGUCUCCGGAUAGCAUCCUCAUCACAGCCAGCGUCAAGGAGGCAGCCGAGGCCUUCUUGGGCUUCUCGUAUGCGCCACCCAUGGACUCGUUCCUCUGAAGUGUCCUCGGUUUCCUUUUCAUGUGUUUUUCAACGUGUUAGUUAGCCCUUUGGCAUAGCUGCCAGCUGACAGGACAUCUCAUAAGAGAAUUUGCACAUCUCCGGAAGCCUGGCAGCCUUCUUCGCGCAUGGUUUGCUGGAAGCGUUCCCGAGCACAUCUUCCAGUGAGCUCAUGAGGUUUUCACAAGUUCUUCCUCCCAACACGGUGCUAUCUCUGAAACGAAUAGAGCAUUCGGGCACUGCCUUAGGCAGAGGGAGUGGGAGCUGGCAGGAAGACGCUGUUCUCCAGAAGGGUCUCCCUUAAGGUCUGUCUGGGCUGUGAUACUGACAAUUUUGAAAUGUGCCUUUUCCGAGGAGACCAUGUUAGCGCCAAAG